AUGCCCAGCACUAUGAGUGACCGUCGCGAACGGGACAGGGACAGACAUAGGGAUCGGGAUAGGGAUAGGGACAGGGACAGGGACCGGAAAAGAAUACGCGAGGACCGGGAUUACGACCGGGACCGUGAACGUAGUAAACGUUCCCGCUCUCAUACUCCCGACCGGAGCCGAACCCGCCACACCAGAUCCCGUACACGCUCCCCUGACGACCGCCAUCGGCACCGCCACCGCCGCCAACGCUCUCGCUCUCCUUCAUCCCCUCCUAGUAAGCGACACAAGGACGAAACUGCCCCGCAAGAAAGGGACAAGCACAAGGACCGCACUAGGGAAGCCUCGGAAGAUCAGAAAGAAAAGAAGCACGAGGAGAAUGAUAAUGAUGGGAAUAUGAUGGACGAAGAUGAGAUUGAGAUGAUGAAGAAGUUGGGGAUUCCUAUGGGCUUUGAUUCUACAAAGGGUAAGCCUGUCCCAGGCAACGAUUUGGGGGCUGUAAGAAAGGUUACAAAGCGGCAGCCACGGCAGUACAUGAACCGCCGUGGGGGGUUCAAUCGCCCCUUGCCUGCCGAGGUCAACCGCUGA